AUGGCGCACUUCCUUCGUGGCAAGCAGGCCGGCAUUCAGAAUGACCUGUCCGUCGGUGUCACCCCAGAAUCGUUUAUGCUAGACGACUUUGCCCGCUAUGGCAUCAACUCGCAGAUCUCGGUUCUCGCCUACGAUCCUGUCCAGUCGCUCCUCGCUGUCGGCACCAACGAGUCCCAGUUCGGCCCUGGCGUCGUCUAUGUCUUUGGACAGAAGCGGGUCUGCGUGACCUUCACCCCUCCUCGACCAUCCUCCAUUCGAUCCAUACAAUUCUGCGCCGACAAAAUCAUCAUCCUCGACAGCAAGAAUGAUGUCAGUGUCUUCAGCCUUGACACCAAGCACAUGCUGGCCAGCUAUUCCCCUCCCGGCCAGGUCGUGGCUAUCCUCUCAGACCCCAGUCUGGACUACUGUUUCUCUGGCUUGCAAAAUGGGGAAAUCGUGGCAUUCGAUUUGGACCGGGAGCAUCAGACGCCCUUCAAAAUCCACAACUUGUGGCGGGAGCGGAAUCCCAGAGCACGGAUUCUACCCAUCGUCUCGAUACAAUUCCACCCCAAGGAUAUAGGGACAUUGCUUAUCGGCUACUCCGAAGGCGCCGUCAUAUACUCGUUCAAACAAAACAAGGCUACCAAGUUCUUCCAGUAUGAACUGCCGCCUGGCGCUCGGGGCGGAGAUGGAGACCCCACAAACGCCCACGCCGUUCGGUAUCCGCGAUUGACACAUGCUCUGUGGCAUCCAACUGGCACUUUUGUUUUGACCGCCCACGACGACUCGAGUUUGGUGUUUUGGGAUCCUCGAGAUGGCAGAGUUAUCCAGGCGAGGACAAUCGAAGACACAGAUGUCAACGUGCCUGGAGCUGGACCGCCGAGGAAUGCCCCUCGAACUCCGCUCAGCCCUGUGGGUUCGGCGUUUGGUACUGUGAAGGAGCCGUACUUCCACAUUGCGUGGUGCUCGAAAGCAAAUCCAGAUGAUACUGGCUUGCUUCUCGCGGGUGGCUCACCAACGACCGACCCUACCAGGGGUCUAACGUUCAUCGAACUGGGUACAACGCCAAACUACCAAACCUCAACGUGGGAUUCCCUGGCAAAUCAUUUCCGCCAUCCAAAACGCACACAUAUUCUCCCAACACCGCCCAAUGCUGCGAUCAACACAUUUCUCUUGAUUCCUCGCUCAUCACCGCAUUUUGCUGGCUCCCAUGAUCCGAUAGCAGUCAUGACCGUGCUGUCAUCCGGCGAAGUAAUCACCUUGAGCUUUCCCUCUGGACAUCCCAUUACACCCAGCAACCAACUACACGUCUCGUUAUCUUUUGUACAUCCAUUCAUAACCAAAACAGCGCUGGCAUUCGUCGACCGGACUAGGUGGCUGGGUAUGCGCGAAGUUCGCCAGCACGGACCCAACUUUUUGAUCGGUGGUGCUGAAGGCAUCAAGCCCCUGAAGAGACAUGAAAACAGAAAUAUCGUCCAAGCCGCCCACGCUGAUGGGACCAUCCGAAUAUGGGAUGCCGGGCAUGGCGACGUCAUUGAAAAUCCCAAUGUCCUCCAAGUUGAUCUCGGAAGAGCCGUGGGCCGGUGGGACAAACUGGACGUGUCCCAUAUGAGUAUGUCUGGUGCGACGGGAGAGCUUUCAGUAGGGUUGAAAACCGGCGAACUCGUUGUUUUCCGGCUGAACCGCAAUCAAUUCUUCGGCCAUCCUCCAUCGGAUCCGGGCCCGAACGAAGGAGCCGGGAAAAUGCAAGACAUUAGCAAACGGGCAGAUCCAGGCUUGAAGGAAGGUCUCCUACCUCUGACCAUGACAAAUGAUCAACAAGGUGCUGUCACCGCUCUAAGACAUUCCAAUGUCGGGUUCGUUGCCGCCGGUUAUGCUGGAGGUGGAGUGACCAUCGUGGAUCUCCGUGGUCCAGCUAUUAUCCAUACCGCUCUUCUCAAUGAAAUGGUCGGAGGGAAACAUCGGAAGGGAAGCAUUCGACGAGGUGCGCCAGCCAUCCCAUCGACAGAAUAUGCCACGGCCAUGGAAUUCGGUAUUUUGACCCUUGAUGGUGACGACUAUUCCUCACUAGCCUUGUUUGUCGGCACAUCUCGAGGUCGUGUGGCAACGUUCAAGAUUCUCCCAUCUGCCUCCGGACGGUAUACGGCGCAGUCGACAGGGGUAACACAUUUGUCAGAUGACCGGGUCAUCUCGUUGUGCCCGAUCGAUACCCACACAGGCGCCCCUGCAGCGGCGACAGGAUAUGCAAUGGGAGGUUUACAGUCCGGCCGGAAGGUGGAUGGUGCUCUUGUGGCUGUCACAGUGUCUUCGGCGCACAUCUUUCGUCCAGCAUCAGCGAAAGGCGCUUCCAAAACGUUCGACCACUACCUGUGCGAUUCGGCUACCAUAGCCCGGUACGAAGAACGUGGAUAUGCUCUCGUUGGUUUGUUUGGCGAUGGUGCCGCUCGAGCAUUCUCGAUCCCAGCACUGAAAGAGAUCGCGAGCAUACGGGUAAAUCAUCUCCUCGAUACCAAACGCUUCAGCGACGCCAUCGUGUCGCCCACAGGGGAUAUCCUGGGCUGGGCAGGUCCGAGCGAACUCGCCAUGGUUAAUGUCUUUGGCUGUGGUACGUCCCUCCCACCCAGCACCGAUCGUCUCUACGACGCCACCAAAAUGGUCCCUCCUCGACCUACAAUCAGCAACCUCCAAUGGAUUGCCGGCACACAGUACAUCACUCCUUCGGACAUGGAUAUCCUCAUCGGCGGGCCCGACCGACCACCUUCUAAGCGAAUGUUGGCGGAAAUGCGGGCGGCGCAGGAGGCAGAGUUUCAACGACAACGGGAGGCCGCGCGGACGGGACGUGCACCCAAGCCAGAUCAAUCUCAAGAAACGUACUGGGCGUACAUGCAGCGACAGCUUCAGGAAAGAACAGAGAAUUUGGGGUUAGCAGGUGACAGUCUCGACCGAGCCGCGGAAUCCAGUAGCUCGUGGAGUGACGACGUAGGCAAGUUCGUGGCGAAGCAGAAGAGAGCGGCAGCACUGGGGUUUAUUGGAUCGAAGUUUGGCUUCUAA